AUGAAGGCUGCCAUGCGCGCUGGGCGCUCGCUCGCCGGGCUCACGGCACGGUCGGCGGCGGCCGGGUUCUCCUCGGCAAGCGGCUCGCCCGGGAGCCUGGCCCCGUGGACGGAGGCGGCCGUGCCGCGCACGGUCGACGCCCUGGAGAGCUACUACGCCGACGCGGUGGAGGAGCUGGCCGACCAGGCGGCCGGGCCGUCCGGCCAGCCGGCCAGCCUGCCGACCCUGGAGCACGCCCUGCUGCAGUUCCACGACCGGCAUCGGUACUUCAGCCUGGCGGCGGUGGACCAGCUGCUGGAGCCUGCGGAGCCGGCCCCGGCGGAGAUCACCCCGCUCCUGGCCCGCGCGGCGCUGCACAAUGACGGCCCGUGGCAGGCCCUGCUGCUGGACGUCCGGCCGAUGCCUGCGCGCCAGGCGCUCCGGCUGCCGGGAGCCGUGCCGCUGAGCAUGGAGCAGCUCCAGGACCGGCAGCUGAUGCUGGACCUGGUGCGGGAGCACGCCCGCCAGCGGGGCUUCCCCCUGAGCAGCAGCCAUGCCGAGCCGGGGAUCUCCCCGCGCGAGGUGCCCAUCGUGGUCAGCUGCCAGGCUGGCGUGCGGUCCCUGACCGGGGCGCAGAUCCUCCGCGAUGCGGGCUUCACCCGGGCCAUCUCCCUGCAGGGGGGCCUGAACCUGUGGGCCACGCUGAAUUUGCCGGUGGAGGCCUGCCCGCCGCCCGAUGACAAGGCCUGA